AAAGAAAUAAAAACGCCCGUAGUGGGGAGGGGAAAGCAAACAAGCCCUAGUUCCGCCGAUGGAGAGGAGCGCCGGCGAGGAGGUUGGCCGUGGCGUCGCUUGCGAUUAGGGUGGAGGCGCCGGACAGCAGGAGGGUGGAGGCGCCGGACAGCAGGAGGGUGGCGUUCCGAUGGGUACAAUCUGUUGUCUCCGAUGCCGGCCAGGAGGGCGGCGUUCCGAUGGGUGGGAGGAGGGGCGGUGGUGAACUGGUGACGCCGGCGUCGGCCAGAAGGGUGGCGUUCCAACAGAAGAUAUCCUAGCUGUUCCAGGAAGCUCGCGAGCACUGCUUCUCUCGCUUCUCUCUGAUUUCGAGAACGAAAGACAAUCUUUACUACCAUCUCUGGUGCCACUGGGCGACGUUCCGAUGGGUAUGAGGAGGGGCAGUGGUGGCGCUGGCGCUGACCAGGAGGGCGGCGUUCCGAUGGGUGGGAGUAGGGGCAGUGGCGAUGCCGGCACUAACAAGGAGCACGGCGUUCCGAUGGGUGGGAGGAGGGGCAGUGGUGGUGCCGGCGCUGACCAGGAGGGCGGCAUUCCGAUGGGUGGGAGGAGUGGCGGUAGUGGUGCCGGCUUCGGCUUGGAUUGGGUGUGGGACUGGCGUAAUCCCAACAGGUCUGUGCCGCCACCACCAACAGAAGAUAUCCCAGCUGUCCCAGGAAGCUCAGGAGUACUACCUCUCUCUAAUCUCCAGAGCAAAAGACAAUAUUUAGUAUCAUCUCUGAUGCUGCUAUCAUCUCUGCCUCUCUCUGAUCUCCAGAGGCAUUCUGAGAAAUUAUCUGAUACACAUGGAUCAGAUAAGGAAGAUGAAGUGGUGGAUUCUUCAGACGAUGAUUGUGAUCCAUAUUUUAACUAUUUGGUUGAUAGCUUUAUGACUGCAACUAAAGCUCAACCAAAACAGUUGUAUGGCAAUAUUGAUCUUGUUGCAGCUGCACAACGUCAGUCUAAUGAGUAUGCAAGUAGUGCUUUGGAUUACUAUAACAAGGAUGAAAACAAUAAGAUUCAAUACAGCUUAAUCAAAGCCUUAAAAAGCAGUACAAUUAGAGAGAAGGGUGAGAAAUAUGGACAUGUCAACUUCAUAGCAUCUUUAGAUUCAAAGGAAGAGCUAUUUUUCGCCGAAGUUUGUUGGGAUCCCAAGAACUAUGAUAUGGUGCCGACCUGCAUUGUAUCUCUUGAGGAGAAAAGGAGAAUUGGGGGACGCUCCUUUAUUAAUGACGAGUAUGUGGUGUGUCUGGAUCUCCAAAAUCCGCCUAUAGAUGGCAAGCACUGCUAUGGAUGUAGCGAAGAGAUUAAGCACCCAGAAGAUGGAUCUACGUUUAAGGCCGGGCAUGUAGCCGCCACCGGUUUUUAUGAUUCUUUCAUGUAGCUGCCAUCAGUUACUAUUCUUUCUUCCGAGUUUGUAUAAAAGCUCAACUAAUCUACCCUUAACAGCUGUUUUUACUGUUCUAUUUAUUUUGCAUCUUGUCUACACUAGCAGACUUAUUUUGUGGCUAUGAAUGGAUGAAUAUGCUGCGUUAUGUAUA